ACUCUGGUGGUGCCGUACGACGCUGCCCGGCCGCCGCCGUGUCAGUCUGCCGGUAACAUUCGUUCGGCUCGUACGCGUUCCUGUCGACUGUCGUCGUCGUCGUUUCGUGCGUUUGGCGCCCGCCCGGAAUUCGAAUAAUUUAUAUAGAGUCAAACCGUUUUUCAUCACUCGCUCCCUCCAUUACGUUUACCACGAGUGAACCCCCGAGUGCGUGCGCCGCCGUGAGUGUGUGUCGUGACGAAAAAUUCGAUCGCCGCCCGUGACAUGGAUACUACUCGAUAACUGCAAUUCCCUGAGGACUCGUACAGGUGCAUCACGCAACAGCGGCGGUCUCGACGAUAAGGAUGGAUCGGCGACGGUUUAUAGCUGCAGCAUGGACCCCGCUACUGUUCCUGCUCAUCUUGGACAAAGGAUACCGACAUGGCGUUUAUGCCAAACCAGGACUAUGCGAGAUGGAAACUGGCCAAGGAAACAUUGUAUUGGACAUCGAAGAAAGUCGUGGGUCUCAAAUAAAUCAACCCAUCAAACCGGCCGAAUUGCCGAUCAUAGGAGAUCCGUACACUGAAAUAUCUUUGGAUUUACUUUUUCCGACGAGAAAUUCAACGUUCACGUUAAUCGGAAAACAUAUCCAGCUAACUCAGCCGUUGGACAGAGACGCGGAAAACUUGUCCCACAUCGUAUUUCAAGUUACGUGCGUUGUAAGGUCUACCAAUAAAAAGAGAACCAUACCUAUAAUAGUCCGCACGACCGACAUUAACGACAAUGCACCAGUGUUUUUGGAUACUCCGUACCAAGUAUCGGUUCCCGAGUUGACAACAGUCGGCACAUCUGUGGCAGCUGUGAAAACAGUGGACGCAGACACCGGCGUCAACGCUCUAGUCGAGUAUUUAGUGAUUCCCGGUAAUGUACCGGAAGAAGAACUCCAAAAAGGCAGAGUCAGCGAUGGCGUCAAACACUUUAAGAUGAAGUCUUCCAAUUCUGGCGAAAUAAUACUACAGAAAGGCCUGGACUUUGAAAAAGUUCAAAAAUACUUCGUAACGAUCCAAGCAACGGACCGAGCCAAGAACCCCGAAGACAGACUUACGUCGACUACAACGCUUACUGUUAUGGUAAAAGACGAAGACGAUCAGGACCCGUCGUUCAAUUAUCAAGGAUGCAUGGUUCAGGACGGAGCUUGCAUAAAUCCGGAAUAUCACACCACCGUUGCCAGUGGUGUAAAUUCUGGAGUCCUUACUAUAAGACCAGAAAAAAUACAAGCUGUAGACAUGGAUUCAUUGAAUUAUCCAAUUGAGUAUAAGUUUAUUAAUGGGUCUCCUUCAUUCUACGCAGAAUACUUCACCAUCGAUCCUCAGUUCGGUACUGUAAAACAAAUAAAAGCAGUAGAUACUAGUCUGACGAAGAGAUUUUCAAUAACUGUCAAAGCUGAAGAAGAAUCGUCCAACCACAGAUCAACUACGGCUAAACUGUACAUUGAAGUAAAACCUGUCGAUAUCAAUCCACCUGUUAUACAUAGUUCUGCUGUUGACGAAGGAUACGGAUUUGUAGAAGAAAACUCACCUGUUGGUACAAAAGUUUUAGAUAAGAACGGACAACCAAUCAUGUUAUCCGUAACUGACGAUGAUUUGGGACCAAAUGAUCCUAAAGUAACUUAUAUGUUUGAACUCACAACUAAUUCUUUUAAUGUGGAUUCCGAUGGAAAUAUUUAUGUAAAUGAAGAAAAAUUAGACAGAGAUCCGCCAAAUCCUGGAAAAUACCGUUUUCAAAUAGUAGCUAGAGAAGUUAAUGGACAUGCCGGUAGCAUUCCAUACCUAAUGACAGUGUUCUUGAAAGAUGUGAAUGAUAAUCCUCCGCGAAUGCCAAUGUUGUCUCCGAUCACGAUCCAAGCUGGAAAUUCUAGGCGACAACUUGUCCAAAUUAAAGCAGUGGACAACGACGAAGGUCAAAACGCUAAUGUGUCUUAUAGUAUAUAUCACGUAUCAAACCAAGGCCACAGUAAGUUCCAUAUUGAUCCAAUAACUGGCUGGAUUGAAACCACUGGUCGAAUGAUGGCUGGUGAUCAGUAUAGUAUAACUGUCCAAGCUACUGAUUCAGGAGGUUUAUACACCCAAAGUAUUGUUGAAGUUGUUGUAAUAGCGGGGCCAAAUACUAAAUCCCCGGUAUUUUCACAAUCUUCAUACGAAGUGACUGUUAGCGAGGGAUCGCCAAUAAACACAACAGUUAUCUCUUUGAAAGCCAUUGAUCCCGAAAAUGAUCCCGUCACUUACACUAUCUUAUCUGGCAAUGAUUUGAGGCAAUUUACAAUAGGUGAAAAAACUGGAAUAGUCGGUGUUAUACGAAAAUUGGACCGUGAAGAGCUGACUCGUUAUCAAUUGUUAAUCAAAGCACAAGACGAAGGAGGACUUUCGAGUACAACAACAUUAAAUAUAAAAAUUAGCGAUAUUAAUGAUAAGAAUCCGGAAUUCAUUGGUGCCCCGUAUGAGUUUUCGGUGGAUGAAGGUUUAGACGGAGCCCCUGUGGGACAAGUAGAAGCUGUAGACGGAGACGAAGGAAUAAACGCUUUAGUUCAUUAUUCGUUGCCAGACGACUUGCCAUUCUUAAUUGAUGUCAACACAGGGCAUAUACGUACUGCUACAGCCUUGGACUAUGAAAAAAAACAAUGUGAGUAGAAAAAAUGUAUUUUCGAAUAUAAAUUUGUGGUUACCGCCAAAGACGGGGCGCCAGAUCCACGUAUUGGAACUGCUUCUGUGACUGUUUCGGUUAAAGACGUUGAAGACGAAAUUCCACUAUUUCAUAAGACACUAUACGAAGCAAAAGUACCAGAGAAUGCGCCCGAUUUCCUAGUUACUCAAGUGCACGCUGAUGAUCCCGAUACAGUGAAACGAGUGACUUAUGUAAUAAAACAAGGACCUUCAGACUUAUUUACCAUAGAACCGACUACUGGAACGAUUAGAACACUUAGAGGUUUAGAUUAUGAGAAAGACAGUCAACAUACACUAAUCAUCGGAACAUUGGAAAAUUCAAAUCAAACACCCGGCGCCACAACGAAAGUAAUUGUGAACGUUGAAGAUCGCAAUGAUAUCCCACCAGUAUUUCUAACCAUACCUUCACCUGUAACACUCGACGACGAUGUAGCCAUUGGAACUAAAGUCACGACUCUUUUAGCUACUGAUUCGGAUGGAACAUCUCCAGGAAAUAAGGUCCGGUACGAAUUGAGCGGCCGUGGAAAAGCCUUAAAGUAUUUCCACAUUGACCCUGAUCUUGGUGUUUUAUACGUGCGCGGUGAUCUACAAAAAGAACCCGAUAAUGAGUAUCAGGUGGAUGUAAAAGCUUAUGAUUUGGGCGAACCUCAGCUCUCUUCAGUGACAUCAGUGACAAUCUUUGUUCGGCGUGUCACGACUCCAAUACCAGAAUUGGGAAUGGGGUUCUCGGACGAUUCGUACUCUGCUCGAGUUUUAGAAUCUGCCGUUGUUGGUACUUUAGUUAAAGUUCUGACUGUCGUACACCCAAGACCAUCACUACCCCUUCCUCUCGUUUGUACUAUAGUUUCCGGAAACUCUGAAGAUGUAUUUACAAUAAACGUCACAACUGAGAAAAAUUGUGAAGUACGUUUAAAGGAAACGAAAUUAGAUCACGAGCACGCAGAGAGUUAUCAACUGAAAAUACGUCUCGACACGCUUGCCGGAGUCGUUAACCCGACAAAAAGCACUACUAUGUUAAACGUGCAAGUGAUCGACAUAAAUGACAACGUACCUACGUUUAUGUAUCCGGAAAGCAGCAAACGCUACGCCAAGAACGCAUAUUACGGAGCAGUAUCGGUUGACGAGGAAAUAGGCAGUGCGGUGUUGCAGGUGAAAGCGGAGGACUUGGACGGGGGAAAAUUGGGUGACGUGAGAUACGAGUUGGCCGACGACGACGAACAGAACUCGACUGAAGGUCCUUAUUUCACCGUCGACCCGAAGACCGGAAUCGUAAAAACCUUAAGGACGUUGACCGAUGUGCCUCCGUGGAACUUACCGUUCCGACUUGUGGUCACGGCGCGCGACAACCCGGGGGCCACGAAUCCCAGCGACUACAACACGGCUCAAGCGCACGUCGUCAUAAACGUGAUCAAAGACCAACACCGUUUGGUGAUGGCCAUCGAUGGCGCACGUCCGGACAUUGUUAAAUCGUCCGAAAACAAAUUGAUAGACGCGUUGGAAAAACUCCUGCAGCUGAUCGUGGGCGGCGAGAAAGUGUCGGCCAAGCAGUACAGGCGGAGAGACAACCUGACCGUCGAGACCGAUCCUAGCUCGACCGAUUUCUGGUUUUACGUCGUAGACCCUGCCAGCGAGACGAUUUUGGAACGAAACAACACCAAAGUGGCCAGGUCAAUACUGAACAAAGAUUCCGUCGGAAACAUUACGACGACGAUCGCCGAGAAACUGUCAAUAAUCGCGUCGGAUAUACAUUUGCCGCUGCAACAGCAGAACGUCGUCACUCGGACCCACACCGCGGGCGUGACCAUCCAAUGGACCGUAUUCCCGUACACUCUGAUCCUCAUGGCAGCCCUGAUCCUGGUGUUGGGCAUCGCCGGCAUAAUUUACAUCUGCGUGUCGUGGUCUAGGUACAAGGCGUACAAGGAGAGGAUGGCCCGGAUGUACGUGACGCAACGGUACGACCCGGUGUUUAUCGAGCCGAACAUGAAGGAAUACGAGGUACAGGUGCUCCAAAUGAGCGUUCCGAUCGACGACAACGACAGCUACAACGACUUGCAACUGGACUUUAGCCGCAAAAAUCACACGUUCAGUAUGGACAACGUCGGGUACAUCACCAAAGAGAACGUCGACAGCAUAGACGGACACAGCCCUGUGAGCUCGGAAGCGGCGACCACGGCCAGGACGUCGAGUAUGGGCCGCGGCAUGUCGAACGGCGGCACCAGUACGUUCGGCCGGACGAACAUGGCGUUCGAACCGUCGGACGACACCGAGUCUGCGGCCGCGGCGGCAGUCAUCAGUCCCACCAACGACAAUGUGACGUUCCGGGAGAAAAAGGAGUUUGGGCGUCCCGCGAUGCACAACGGCAACGGGCUGACGACGUUCAACCGGAAGGACGUGGAGGUCACCACCGAACUGUGAUUGACCCCCCCCCCCCUGCUCACCUGUCGCCCACAAACGCGUAUUUUAUACUAUUAUUAUUAUUAUUAUUACUGUGUACAACUGAUAUCACAUAAAAAAUGCGAUGUUAUUAUCGCGUCUAGUCCCCGCGGUCCCAACCCCCACCCACCAUACAAUUUAAACCCUAUCCUCUAAACUGCGGUCACUGUGAUAACAUCGCUUUUGUACAUAUUAUAUAGGUGUAUAAUAUAUAUUAUAUUUAUGUGUAGAUAGACGCUAUUGGUAUAUUUAUCCCCCCCCCCACUAUAACUAUAUGCAACGAAUAUUGUUUAGUUUUUAUAUAAUAUGUACGCAAUUAUUAUCCGUUAUUAGUGUAUGGAACAAUUUAUUUUAUGUUACGUCACGGUGUCGACGCGAAAUCACCCCGCUUUGUAAAAUGCAAGUACCACCCAUAUAUAUAUCAGUAUUACACCAUAAUGCUAUAUUAUACAAGGUGAUUCUUUAAUUGAAAACAAUCAUUAUUUCAAAAACUAUAUAGGUGGGUACCAACGUUUUUCAUAUUUUUAAGACGUUCCAAAGCAAUAAUUUUGGAGACAAAAAUACUACCUACCAAUAUUUUUACAUUUUUUUUAUCGUUAUCGUUUUUUAAGUUUUUUGAACAACAACAUAAUAAUAUUCAUUUUAAUUUCUUGUUCCGAAACAGAAUAUUUUUGUGUAGAUAGUUCGAUGCAUAACUAUUGAAUGUUGGACGAAUAGCUUAUAAAUUAUAACUUGAAAUACUUACAAGUUACAACCUAAUAAGCCUAUUAAACCUACUCGCCUGGAAUUUGAUUUUUAUAGUACCUAUAGAAAUAUUAAGCUUUGAAUAAAAAUGUAUGUUGUCAUUAAAAAAUGAUAAAAAAUUGUUUUUUAACGAUUUAAAUUUAAAAAAAAUAAAACAGCUGCUAUCUAGGUAAAAUUUUUGAAAUAAUGAAUGUUCUUCAAUAAAAGAAUCAUACAGUAUAUACCUAAUACGCGUUAAGAUUGAACAUUUUUUUAUCAAAAAUCGGAACGGCUUUAAUAAAUUCUUGUAAAUUACACCUAUAUAGGUACAUAUCCAAUCCACGAUCCAGUGACCUUUAGUAACCUACGUGCGAAUGCGCGAUAAACGGUAGUAGUAAUAUUAAUAAUAAUAAGAGGCUAUAAUAAAUGGUCGGACGUCACUCGUCAGAUAGGUCCGGAUGCCGAUCUCCGAGGCAAUUUACCUGUAGUGUAAGACAAAGAGAAGUGAUAGAUUUUUUAUAAAUUUAAAUGCUUCGAAUGUUCGGCUAUUAUAUGCCUAUAUUUUAACUGUGCCUAACAACAGUAUUGUAUCAUUGUACCUAUAUUCGUAUCGGGCUAUACGAUUGUCGGGCAUUAAACUAAACGUAAUUUGUAUGAACAAUCGUUUUCUGGUCUGAUUGGUAAUAUAUUAUAUAAACAUAUUUGGUGCAGUGUGGCGCCAGCUCUUAUCAUAUCACCAGUUUCAAAUUGUUGUUAUUCUAAAACAACAGUGAACCGAAACGUGCAUUCUCAUCCCACCUAUACGUGAAAUAGGUGACUAAUCGGGAGCGUGAUUUAAAGUUCUGUGGACUACAGAACCUAUUCGGUUGGUGCACCAAUAACAAACUCGUUUACUCGAUCCAGAACCUUUUUGGUUUGAAAUACGUACCUAUCAUAUUGUACGUAACACACUAUAUUAAUUAUAGAAGGUAGUCAGUAAAAUUAAAUUUCAAACAAUUCAAACGCGUCGAGAAUUUUUUACGUUGUAGCUAAAAUUAGGAGGGGCAUUGGAACGUGCAAUUUUCAACUCAUUAUUCAUUGUUUUGUUUAAUACAUAAGCAUCUAGGUACUAGGUACCGUGAUGUACCUAUAUUAUUAUUAUUGAUACCUAUUUUUAAUUAUCUGCAUAGUGUUCUUCUCGUAAUCAAAUGUUUUGUACUUUUGUAGUUAACCAUAAUUAUUAUGUAUACAACUAUAUUAUAAACUUACCAUAUAAUAUUUUCCCGUCGUUAUAACGGUUUGACGACUUGUACAGUUGUACUUAUAACUUACCUACGAAUACAGCAAAAACGUACGAUUUUUAUAUACUAUAAUAUUAUGAAGCGUAACGCGAAAUUUUGCAGAAAAAAAAUAUCAUUAUAAGACAAUUUUUUGAAAUUAUUGAAUAUUCUGUACUGAAGUAAUUAAUGACGACUGUUUAGUUAGUUAAGAGUUUAUGAUAUUUUUGAUUUAAGUUUCAUUAACCGGGUGCGUUCAGUGUAAAAAUCAAAAACUAAAAAGAUAAUUGUAUGUCACUGGUGACUAGCCACUACAAAUAAAUUUAGUAUGAUAGUUAAAAAUUACGUUGCAUAACGUUGUACAGCAAAAAAUCCAACUAUUACUAAUCAUUUAUAGCGUUUGAAUUGUGUAUAACGAUUACCUACCACCGUGUGUAAAUAAAUAUGAUUUACUUAUUUAAAUUAUAUUCAUCCAGCGAUUCUAACGUGAUACGCAAUUCAAAAAAUUCAAAUAUCAUCAGAACCCAAAACUUGGUUUUAUCGUGUAAAUUAUACAUAAUACAUUCUUAUUGAGAAGUUAAUUUUUAAUUUUAUAUAAUAUAAUAUAUAUAUGAACGCAGCCACAAUAAUUCCAAUCAAAUUAGUCAUAGGCGAUUAUUACUUUUUUUCAAUUAAAAAUGUAAAGUUAUUAAAAUGUAUACUGACAUGUGUGUAAUUUGUAUUCUUAUUGAUUUGCUCAUAUAAGAUAUUUCAGUUUGUCUAAUAUUAUUAAAAUAGGUAACAAAUUGCCAUAUUUAAUUGUUAGGGCAAACGUUGAACGUUUUCCUGAAGCUCAAAUUGUGUAAUAAUUUAUUAUUAAAAUUAAAACCAUUUUGUAGUGUAAUAUAGUAAUAUAACAAUUUGUAUAAUAUUAUGUUGUUGUAAUAAUAUUACGUUCUUGAUUUAUUAUAUUUUUUUAUACGAUUAUUUCAAUUUUGUGUACAUUUAGUAAAAAUAUAUGUUUGAUAUUUAUGUGUA